GAUCAAAAUUGACAGUGCGCGAUAGUGGAUGUCUAUAAUUUUCACACACCUCUCAUGGAAGUCUAGAGCCAUUUUCCUUUGUUUUUUCAUUCGUUUCAAAUCUCUUCGCUUUUAUCAGGAAUUGUAAUGGCGGAGUACACUAAAAAUGAAGAGUGUGAAGAAUUGAAUCGACCAGAAACGGAAACAGAACCGCGUGAAUAUACCAAUGUAGGCAUUACAAAAGAGGAAUUAAAAAAUCCUGAAGUGCAAGGGGAAAUUCUACGUACCGAUGCGGAAGAUCAAGAAGUAAAUGAUCAAAAUACUAUGGAUUCAAAUGUAGUAGGAUAUGGGAAAUAUUCUUUCGAAACAAACGAAGUCGGUGAUGAGCAACAAGUUACAUCCGAAUUGAAAAAUGGAGAUUCGCCACAGCAGUCUACUUCGAUACCGGUGAAAGCCCAAGCAGCAAUUGAUCAAAAAGUAGAAAUUUUUCACUUGGUAAAUAAUCAAGAAAAUGUUCAAUUGUCCAUUGACGCAAAGUUUGGUGUAGAAAAUAAAGGAUUUAGUACGUCGUGCGCGAACCUUUCUUUAGGUCAUAAAUCGAGUGAUGAAACAUCAACAGCGUUAACGCCGCUAACCGUUAAACCAUCACCAGUAGAAAUCGCAACAAUAAUUUACGGAAAAACUCCUAACAAUGACCAACCAACAAGUUUAAAUUCUCAACAAGUAGAAAGAGGUGGAUGGAGCAAUGAAUGGGACUUCCUUUUUUCGUGCAUCAGUGUUUCGGUUGGACUGGGAAACAUUUGGAGAUUUCCAUAUCUCUGCUUUAAAAAUGGUGGCGGAACUUUUUUGGUCACCUAUUUCAUUGCUAUGGUAUUUUGUGGAAUCCCUAUUUUCUACCAAGAGGUUGCAAUUGGACAAUAUUUAGGAGUCGGAGGGAUGACACUGGUAGCUGAACUAGCACCCAUUAUGAAAGGUGUUGGGUACGCGACGAUGACUGUCGUAUUUUUGAUCGAUAUCUACUAUUCCAUCAUCAUUGCAUGGACGUUGUUCUAUCUGAUUGCUUCCUUUACCGCACUUCCAGGACUGCCGUGGCAAUCUUGUGAGAAUUCAUGGAACACACUCAAUUGUUUCUUGCCAACGUCCAAUAUCAGUAUCCUGCACAACGACUCAGUCUCAGCGGUGGAGGAAUUUUGGAGUCGGCGAGUGUUGGCAAUCACUGACGGCAUAGACAAUGCCGGAGCGAUGCGAUGGGAGCUGUUUGGUGUUCUCAUCCUUUCUUGGAUGUUUGUCUACUUCAUUAUUUGGAAAGGAAUCAACCAAAGUGGAUAUAUUAUUUGGUUUACUGCCUUGUUUCCUUACGUAAUCUUAUGUGUGCUGGUCGUAAGAGCUGUAACUUUGGAUGGGGCCAGUGACGGACUUUUAUACUACAUUACUCCCAAAUGGGAUCUUUUGCUUACAUCGGGACCAUGGAUAGACGGCGCUACUCAAAUCUUUUUCGCCUACAGCAUUGGAACGGGUGCUUUGCCAGCACUGGGUUCAUACAACAAAUUUAAUCACAACUGCUACAGAGACGCCAUUAUUACGUGCAUUGUAAAUACAUUCACGUGUUUAAUAGCCGGCGUCGUAACGUUUUCAAUUUUGGGAAACAUCGCUUCAGCUACGAAUUCAUCAAUUGAGUCAGUUGUUUCAUCCGGACCUGGCCUCGUAUUUAUUACCUACCCGGAAGUGGUUCUACGUCUCCCUGGGGCUCCAAUAUGGGCUAUUUUAUUUUUCAUCAUGCUUGCAAUUUUAGGUAUUGAUAGUGAAUUCUGCAUGAUUGAGGCUUUUGUUACUGGAAUUGUGGAUAACUGGCCAAAUCAGUUAAGGAAGUACAGAAGACUAUUUGUAGUAUCUACCAUUAUCGUCAUAUUCUUGCUUUCCUUACCAAUGAUAACUGAGGGAGGAGUGUACCUAUUCCAAGUCAUGGACUACUACUCAGCUAGUGGAAUGUCGAUGCUUUUCUUGGUAUUCUUUCAAACAAUUUCUAUUAAUUGGAUUUUUGGAGGAAAGCGAUUUUGCAGUUGUAUCGAGGAAAUGCUCGGCAAGAAAUCCUCGUGGUUUUUAUACGUCUGUUGGGUUUUCUUAGCUCCUGCUGUCAUGUUGGGCAUCUUUGUAUUUUCUAUUGUGCAAUAUACACCAGUCACCUAUGGAAGCGAUUAUCAGUAUCCCAAAUGGGCCGAAAUUUUAGGAAUUUGUAUAUCUUUAUCAUCCAUGCUCUGGAUACCGCUUUAUAUCGUUUACUAUAUUUUAACAACACCGGGAACAUUGCGUGAGGUUUUAACCAAGGGAGUCACACCGGUUUUCAAGAUUCGAAUUGAAUCAGCAUCAGCUUCAAAGCAGCCUGUUGAACGUGAAUUUGAACAUGAAUCCUUUCCAGCAGUAGCUAAAAAUGAAUUAGAUCCUGUUAGUAAAUCCACGACUCUUUUGGUGGACCCUUAAAAGAGGUGAAAUAUGAUGGACUAGAAAAAUUGCUGCAAAAUCGCGGUGAACUAAGAAUAAUGGAACCAUACAGUAGAAAAUUAUAAGUUAUGAUUUUAAAAGGAUCAAGUUAACUACGGACGAUUUGUUGACUAUUUUCGUGUUUUAAUGAGGUGGAGAAUGAAGAUAAUAUACAAGGGAAAAUCAAAUAAAUUUUGAAAAAUGAAAAUACAUAGAAAGAAAAGUA